AUGAAGGCCAAAAUCGCCGAACACUUUACGCCUAAUAAAAUAGUAGCUAUAGGCAUAGCCCAGAGGAAGGCCAAAACCACCCGUUUAGGAUACCUCACGCCUAGUAAGGAACCCGAAACCGUCGGUUUCGACGAAGAGUUCGUGGACGAGGAUGAUAUUAUCGAAGGGUAG